GCUUCCGCCCUUUCCCGGAAGGGAGGCGGAAGGGCCGCCCUGGAUCUCCCUCCCCGCUCCCACGCGCACCUGGCCGCCAGGUGGGGCCGCCGCAGCCCCGAACGGGCCUCCGGGGGGCCAGGCGGACGAGGAAGAGGAGGGCCCAGUCCGAGGAAGGGCGCGGCGGCGGCGGCGGCGGAGUCUGCCCCCCUCAGCAGGCAGGCAGGAUGCAGAGAGUACCAGUGCUGCUCUUCCUCGCCUGGACCUGCUUCCUCUUCUUCUCGGCCAUCGGACUCUUCACCAGCGGCUUCCUGCUCAUGCGUGUGGAGCUGGCCAACCGCAGCAGCUGCUCGGACCCCCUGGCCGCCUCCCUGCCAGGGCCCAGGGCCCCCCUCGGCUCCUGCUGGCUGCCAAGGCGCUUCCCCAAAGCCGUGCUCGUCAUCAUCGACGCCCUCAAGUUUGAGUUUGCCCAGUACGACCCCUCCAGGCGGGAGCCGCGGCCUUACGAGAACAAGCUGGGCUUCCUGCACCAGCUGGCCAGUCUGCAGCCCCUGCAUGCCCGCCUCUUCCGCUUCCGGGCCGACCCUCCCACCACCACCAUGCAGCGCAUCAAGGGCAUCACCACCGGCUCCCUGCCCACCUUCAUUGACGCAGGCAGCAACUUCGCCUCCUACGCCAUCCAGGAGGACAACUUGGUCUGGCAGCUGGCGCAGAACGGGAAAAGAGUGGUGUUCAUGGGGGACGACACCUGGGACGGGCUCUUCCCCCAGGCCUUCCACCGCUCGUACUUCUUCCCUUCGUUCAACGUGAAGGAUCUUCACACUGUAGAUGAUGGAAUCCUGCAGCAUUUGUAUGAAACAGUCGAUGGUGGCGAGUGGGAGUUGCUGAUUGCCCACUUCUUGGGCGUGGAUCACUGUGGCCAUAAGCAUGGGCCAGACCAUCCCGAAAUGGCCAAGAAGCUCUCGCAGAUGAAUGACAUGCUCAGGUCACUGGUUGACCACCUGGCGAAUGACACGCUGCUCCUGGUAGCAGGGGACCACGGCAUGACGGGGACCGGGGACCACGGAGGGGACAGCGAAGAGGAGGUCAACGCAGCCCUCUUUGUGUACAGCAAAGCCCAGCUGUUCCAGAGCCACCCGCCUCAGGAGCCAGAGACCGUCCCGCAGGUGAACCUGGUCCCCACGCUGGCCCUGCUGCUGGGGGUGCCGGUGCCCUACAGCAACAUCGGGGAAGUGAUGGCUGAGCUGUUUGCCGCAGAGGGCGGCGCUGCCUCCUCACUCCUCGCCCAGCUGGAGGCAUACAGCAUCAACGCCCGGCAGGUCGACCGCUUCCUGCACUCCUACUCUCGGGCAGCCCAGGACAUCUCGGUGGAGAAGCUGCGGCGGCUCCAGGACCUCUUCUCUGCUGCCGUGGAGGAGCACCAGCAGCUCUCCGCCCAGCCGGGGGCCCCUGCUCUGCCUCACCUGGAGCACCUCCGGGGCCGCUUCCGGCGCUAUCUGCAGGAGGCGAGGGCCGUCUGCGCUGAGUCCUGGGCCCGGUUCCACCCGGCCCGCAUGCUGGCUGGCUGCGCCCUGCUGACGUCUUCCUGUGUGCUGUGCUACGUUGCCUCCAGAGUGGCCUCAGGCCUGAGCUUCUCCUACCGCCGCCUCCUCCUCUACCCCGUCCUCUGGGGUGUGGUGGGGGUGGCCCUGCCCAGUCUGGCUCACCUCCUUGGCUGGGCCGCUGCGGACCUUGUCCUGCUCUCCUCCUGGGGAGCGGCGGCCUCCCAGUGCGGCUUCUUCUGGCACUGCUGGGCCAAGUGGCCGUGGAGGAGCCACGCGGCCAGCGCUUGUUCUCCCUCUGCGGGCACCAGCCUGAGGCAGAGGCUGCGGGCAUCGGGGCUGGGCCUGCCCGGAGGCAUUCUGCUGGCUCGCUGCGGCGCCAUGCUCUCAGACAGCUUCGUGGUGGCCGAGGCGCAGGUGGCGCCCUUCCUGCUGGCCUCGCUGGUGCUGCUGCUGGUGCUGCGCCUGCACUGGGAGGGGCGGCUGGAGGGCGGCUCCCCCCCGGCCCUGCGGCUGCUGGGGCUGCUGGGCGUGGUCCUCGCCUGCGCCCGCCUCUCGGCGCUCUUCCGGCAGUGCCGCGAGGAGACCCCCUGCUGCCGCUCCUCGACGCUCCUGGCCCCGCUCUCCAGCCUGCAGGACCCGGGGGCCAAGAACUCCUGCUACCUCCUCUGCCUGGCCGUGCUGGCCCUCCUGGCCUGGGGCGUGCGGCGCUGGCUGCGCCACUACGGCAACCUCAACAGCCCCAGCGCCCCGGUGCUCUUUGUGCGCUGGGGCUUCCCGCUGCUGGCCGUCUGUGUGGGGGGCUACUGGGCCAUCACCUCCGGGGCCGAGGAGGCCCUGGUCAAGCUGCACGCCUGGGUGCAGCUGGCCCUGGUGGCCUUCCCCCAGGGGAUCUUCGGCCUGGUGCUGGUGGGGCUCCUGCUGGUCCUCUGGGACCCCGUGACCGUCUUUGUGCGCGACAGCCGGGAGCCGGCCGAGGCCCCCAUCGUCUCGCCCAGCUCCCAGGCGGAGCUCCAGCACGUCAUCCCCCAGCUCUACCGGCGCAUGCAGCAGUCCCUGAAGAGCCGCCUGGACGAGGCCAAGUCGGGCGGCAGGGCCACGGUGGCCGCCUACGGGCUGGGCAGCGUCUACUCGGCUGCGCUCCUCAUCUGCCUGGCCCUGCUGGGCUUCCUCUUCAUGACGCUGCACAGCGAGCGGCUCAGCCUGGCCUUCCUGCUGCUCUUCCUCGAGGCCUUCGCGCUGCUCUGGAUGCACGCCUGCGCCGUGGCGCUCUCCUCCUCCUCGCAGGCCGAUCCCUUCGUGGUGCCCUGGUACGCCCUCAUCGCCUGGGCUCUCGCUGCCGCCCAGUUCUUCUAUGCCACAGGCCACCAGCCAGUCUUCCCAGCCAUCCACUGGAACGCAGCCUUUGUCGGCUUCCAGCAGGGGCAUGAAACCAACCUGCUGCCGGCGCUCCUGGUCGGGGCCAACACCUUCGCCUCCCACAUCCUCUUUGCAGCUGGCUGCCCUUUGCUUCUGCUUUGGCCGUUUGUCUGUGAAAUGCCCACCGCCUCCAAGGGCAAGAAGUCGAAGGCAGAACCUCCAGACAGGGAGGAGCAGAUGAUGGAGAUGAGGCUCCGGGAAGCCCCAGAGAAGUUUUCAGCAGCGCUUCUGCAGCUGGGGCUCAAGUACCUGCUUGUUCUGGGGGUUCAGAUUCUGGCUUGUGUCUUGGCAGCGAUCAUCCUCAGAAGGCACCUUAUGGUCUGGAAGGUGUUUGCCCCCAAGUUCCUCUUUGAAGCGCUGGGCUUCAUGGUGAGCAGCCUCUUCCUCCUGUUGGGCAUCGGCCUGGUGAUGCGGGUGGACUGCGCCGUCAGCCUGUGGUUCAAGCAGCUCAUCCUUGCUCAGUCCAGGUAGCACGAGAGGAGGAAGAGGGACCUUCUGGCAGUGCCCCCCCCCGCACAACCGCAGAGAGAGCCUUGGGGAGAUUCUCGCACUGCCCACAACUCAGUGGGCUGAGCCAUCGUUCUCUCUGGUCUCCCCCACCUGGGUUUUCCUGCGGGGCUUGGAGCUCCAUUUGUCAGUGACAGAGCGGGGAUGUGUGUGUGUGAAAGAUGAGUCUUCAGCUUGGUGGCGGUUGCUGGGUCUUUUGUUUUGCAGAAAGAGCCUUCCCACGCUCCAAAGAGAUGCCCAGAUCUCACUUGCCCCUCACAGCUUGUGGGUCGCCAGUGAAUCACUGGGGAGUGGCCCUUUUGGUCUGUGAGUGGGGGGAAGAAAUGCAGAGGGAGCUGCCCCUUGUUUCCAAAGAGAACCCUUACGGGUGUGUACGGCUGAGAUCCAGAUCUGUGGGCAUCGCUCUUGCGGGCGACUUACUUGCUUCUCCUUGGUUCCUUCAUGAGUCUGGAGUCUGAGCAGCUGCACGCGGGGGUGGGGGGUGGGGAAAGGCUGUGGGCACCUCUUGGGAAUGGCAGAAAGGGAAAUCCAUGCCCCGAGCUGGAGAGGCCAGAUUCUGGACCAGGAAAAAGCACCCUCCGAGCUGACUGCCAACGGAUUCUUUGCCAACCCGAGGAAGGUCUUGCUUGGACUGCUCUUUGAGGACUAAAUGCUGCUGCUGUUUCUAACUGGUGGCUGGUGGCACCUUCAGAAAGGCUUGAUUGGUCUGUGGUUUUUGCUCAAAGCCCUGUCGGUGCAGAAAAGGUUCAUUCUCCUUCAAGAACCAAGGCUGCAGCAGGAACAACACCCUCCUUGGUUGCAGGCACCUGGGUGGCCCCCAGCACUGGCCAGAAGUUCUUUCGGGGCCCAACGUUUUGAAGAACCUCAACUUUUUGGUGCUGAAGCCUAAGUCUCAUUUCGUCGCUGAGACUUGGUUCUGUUUUGAGUUCCAGAUUUCUGAAUCUGGCCUUUUGAAGAAGAAAAAAUUGGAGUUCCAGUUCUCCACAAGGUGAAAUUUGGCAUGGCCGCUUGGCAGCCUCUGGCUGGGUGUUCUGGUAGUUUCCUGCGCUGGCUUUGCAACAAAGGAAGCUGCUCAGUCCAUCCCAGGCAGUGUCGUCUGCUCAGACAUACACGCUUUCCCGGCCUCAGGUAGAUCAUCCUUCCUCAUCACUUCUGCCCGAGUCUGCUACCUGAAGAUCCCACACCUACUGCAUGCAAAGCAUGUGCCUGUCCCACUGAGCCACGGCCUGCCUCCCCGCCCCUGCUUUUAUGCCUGCAGUAGUUUUCUGUGUAACUCAGCGCCACUUCCGCAUGGUGCCAGAAGCCCACCUCCCUGCUUCUCCUCCUUUGGGGACAGACCCCUUGUUCUGGGCCUCACUGGCAGCCCAAAGGUCCCUUCCUUGAAGGGAAAGGCCUGGGGAGAGCCAUUUCCAGCCACGAUUAGCCUGAACCUGCUGUGUGCUCAGGAGGAGGACGCAAGAGAGGCCCUCUUUAUCCUUGGCUACAUCUCUUCCUCCCUUUGGGCUUGUUAGCAAAGGAGUCAUCAAAUGAAUCUGCUCUGACUUUCUGUUUGUUGCUUCAGAAUCCAUGUUCUGUCAAGGACUUGGCAGGCUGGAUUCCUGCUCUGCCGCUUGGUCUCCCUUGAGAAGCUUGUUGGGUCUUGCUUUGGCUAAAACAGAGAUGGGUUGCCUUUCAAAGACGUGGGUUGGUGGGGCUGCUUUCAGAGGAUCUGCACGGGAAGAGGGGAGUUAUAUCCGGAGUCCCAUUUUGAGUUUUCUGCAAUGCCUUCAAGGAGUCAGCUUUGCAUUGAGCGUGUGAGGCUGCUCAAGCGGGGACCACUUGGCCUGCUGGAUGCUGCUUCCUUGUGAUGGAUGGAUGGAUGGAUGGUGUAGCAGCAGCCUCAGCCCAGGGAACUCAUCACAGUGGAUGUGGAAUGGACAGGCGCCUGGAAGCAGCUGAGCAGUUGUACCACUGAACGCUGCAAGAUUUGGCCGUGCUAAGACAUCCCUGAUCUUUGUUUUGCUCUGCCUUACCAUACCUCGGAAAACGGAGGACGCAACUCCCAAUUGUCAACACCUUCCUCUGAUGUCUGUUAUCAUUGUCUGUUUUCUCGGCUGCUUCAGGGUAUUUGAGCCACGGGAGUGACCCUAAUGCUGCUAUGCUUCUGUGUUCUUGUGUCAUGGAAGAUACGUUCAUUUUUAUGGCAAGCUUACACAGUGCACAGGGAACGACUUCCAUGAGGUGGUUGCAAAGGCUUGUGGUGGACAUGCUUUAUGUUGGGGCUGCUGCAGGCAAACAGGUGGGGCUGGUGGGGGGCCUGACCUUCUCCAGCCCCCUCAAACUCUAUGCAUUCUCUCUGGCUUUUCUUGCCCAGUAAAGCAAUGCUAGCGAGACUUUCAGCCUUGCCUGCCAGCCCAGGUGUGUUGGCUGCUUCUCCCUCUCUACACAGAAUUGGUGCCUUAAAAAUCCUCAUUAGCUGAAGCUUCCCUGAGACCUGGGAUCUGGUCCUGAGAACCUGAGAGGCCAAGCCAGUACAUUUUUCAGCCCCAAACUCAGCACAAUCCAAGAGGUUUCUUCCUGGCAUCUCCUGCCGUUUUGCAGAUGUCUGGGGCUUAGCUUCAAAUUUCACAUGCCUGCUUCCUUGCAAUCCCUGAUCAGUCAGUAUUCUUAAGUGUCCCCUAAGUAGUCCCAGUUUGUCUGUUCUGAGCACUUGCUCUGAAGUUUAGUGCCCACCAUUUCCAUGCAGGGGCAGAUCCAGGCUCAUUAAACAUGAAUUGCUGCUCUCGUCAGCAUCCUUCUCCAUCCAUGAUUUCACAGCUGUUUGGUUUGAAAUUACUCAAGGUUAGCACUGCUGGCUUUUGCUUAAAAAGAACAGAAGUCGUACAAAGAGUUUCAGUGGUUACUCGUUACGAUACACUACCUCCAGGAUUGGGGCAGUAAAUGCCUCUGAAUGCCACUUGCUGGGGCAUCACAAUAGGCAAGGGCUCUAGAUGGGCUCCCUUUGGCCUGAUCUGGCGGCCAGGUUUUCCUUACAUUGCACUGAAAGAGCCAGAAUUUCUACAGGUGACGGCUUGCUUCAUCUACUGUUAGAGGGAACUGUGAGCUGCAAGUUGGAGAAACCAGCUGAUGAGAUCUUGACACCCAGUCUCCUAAGGGGCAGUUGCUUUUACUAUGAAGUAUUAUGUCAGAAAAUCUGGGCUUCAAAAUCCGAAGUGCUGCUUUUCAAAUGGGAAGGAAUUACAUUCAGACAUUUGAAACCAUCCGUCAGGGCCUGUGUUCUUUCUUGGGCUUAUAAAAGCAAAAGAGAAAUACUUCUGUGUUUUUAUAUCCUGGAUUUUCUGAUGUUUGUUUCAUAGUAUAUAGUUAAUUCUCCCUUAGAGGACCUGGGGGCUUUCUACCUGCAGUUCUGCUGCUACAUGCCACAAUACUUGUUCCUUCUCUGUAAAAUGCUCUGGUGUAUUUUAGUGUUAAGGAAGCACCCACAAAUAGCCAACCCUGUGGGUUUUGUCCUCCCCACAGAUAUGUACAAAUCUCACUUAGCAGGUUGCCAGGAGCUUCUGUGGCUCAGACCAGGGACAUCUCUCGUUCUGAGCUGGAGGUGGGCUUAUUCCUGCCCAUCCUGCACAUGGUCACUUUACUUAUAGAUUCCUAGCAGGAGCCAUCCAUACUAGAGUUCUCAGAUCUGGAAGGGUAGCAGAAGACUGAGAGUAGUUACAAACCCUCCAGUGCCUUUAUUUGUCCCGCUCCUGCCUCUGAGGGAGACCAGACCAUGGUCCGUAGUCUCUCCCCACUGGAACCAUUAUUGCCUUGGGGAAGUGUUUUCGCCUUAUGUGCCUCUCUAUCCUGACGUGCAAAACUGGGUAUACCCUGGCCUACCUCUUAGGGUAUGUUUUAUGGGAAGACCAAGAAAAGGAGUGGCUUUGCAUAGAAUAACUCUGCAGCUUCUUUUUUGUUUCUGCAAUAUGAAACCAAAACCCACGAGCAAGUAGUUCUGAGUUGGUCCUUUUAUGCUGAAUAGUCAUCCUGUUAGCUUCCUUUGGGGAGGGUCAAAAGCAGGUGUUGAAAGUUUCUUUUUUUAAGAAAAGGGUUUUCGGUGCACAAGGUUGAAAGGGGAGACGUGUGCCAGGGCUGGCUCUAAAACUGCUGUAAAUAAAAUGUCUGAUCCCAAACGA